AUGGGUCAAUUACCGACGGAAUGUAUUCAAGAAAUAUUAAAAUUCGUGGAUAGUAAUUUGUUUUCGUGUCUUUUAAUCAAUCGUAUAUGGUGUAGGAAUACCGUACCGUUGAUAUGGAAUAAUCCAUUUAGAUUUAAAGGAUUAUCCGAUCAAAAACAUUCAAGAUUUCUUGAUAAUUAUCUUAAAAGUUUAAAUCAAGAGGAGAAAUUUUGGUUAAUUCAAAAAGGAAUUGCAUUCGCACAUGAGCAACCAUUAUUGUUUGAUUAUGCAUCAUUUUUGGAGGUGAUUAAAUUCGACAAAUUGGAUCUCACCAUAAAGAAUUGGGUUGAAUAUAUUUAUUAUGAUUUCAAGGUACCAAAAAUUAUUUUUUUGGGAAAAGGAGAAUAUUAUAUUAAUAUCUUAACCGUCUUAUUUAAAUUGUUCAUGAGACAAUCAAGGGGCAUUCGAUCAUUAUUUAUUAGUGAAAUUAUGAACAUACCUACCGUUACCAGAAUAAAAUUUCCCGAUUUUUCAUCAUUUUCUUUGGCGAUGCCUGGUAUUAAAGGAGUCAAAGAUGUUGAAAUUAAUUUUACUUAUGAGGUAAAACCUUAUAGGAAACUUUUCGAAGCAAUCUCCACGUCAUGCGUCCAGAUUCAAAACUUUUCAUUAUCCUUCCCAUGUACUUUUAGAUAUAGAAGUUUCCCACAAUUUAACA